CGGACACUCGGUCCUGGGUGUGCGCCUGGGGCCCGGGAGCUCAGCCAAACACGGCCGCUCGAACUCCGCGGCCCCGCUCCCGGCCUCAGGCACACUCCGGCCACCUUCCAGAAGCGGCGCGGGGUCCUCAGCGGCUGCUGACGCUCACGAACCACCCGAUCAAAGGCUGUCGGUAUCCAGGCAACGGGGAACCUAGCAACCGGCUCAGAUGAAUCACAUUACUCCAGAUGGUUCCUAGUCUGUGCAGCAACCAAGCCAGGAAAGUUCAUACAGAAAUUGUCAAGUUGUUGGAACUGUCAGAAUUGUGUGAGAAUGUUUCUGAAGAGUCUCCCCUUCUGGUGGCAACAGUAUCAAGGCUGCAUCUAUUUCAGACUCUCUUCUUGAUACUAGAUGGAGGGGGGAAGCACCUGUGGUUUCUGCCAGACCUUUGCGUUGUUCUGAGGGGCCAGGAAAUGUCUUCAGAAGCAACAUCUCAAAGUCGAGAAGGUGAAAUGCAGACUGGGACCUGGAGAAACAGCCCCCUGAAGUACAGGUUCAAGUGGCAAGAGCCUGGUCCAACACUGCUGCCUUCCUUGUUGAGCUCGAGACGCAAUGAUGAGACGCGACUCAGUCACAGAGUGACCAAACAGCAAUUCCUCUAUUGCAGCAUUGGAAUUGGAUUCCAUCUGCAGAUCCUUCCUAAUGGCAGAGUCAAUGGAGCUCAUGAAAGUAAUCACUAUGGUAUUAUGGAGUUACUUUCAGUGAAGAUUGGGAUUGUUGCCAUUCGAGCUGUGGUCACUAGGAUGUUUCUUGCAAUAACCAGGCAAGGAAUGCUUUAUGGGUCGGAAAAUUUCACUGAAGACUGUCUCUUCAAGGAACAGAUGGAGGAGAAUCAUUACACCACUUACUCGUCUCACACACAUCCCCGACUCUACGUGGCAUUAACUAAACGAGGGGAACCUAAAAAUGGCAGCAAAGCUCGCCUACACCAUCCCAGCACACAUUUCAUCCCACGGUCUGUCAGUGCUUCCUGAAGAACAGUUCCAUUCUGAAUGGCCACAGAAUUUAACAUAACCUGCUGUAAAUUGUUCUUCAAACUUUGAAUAACGAGCAAAGAAACCACAGAAUGACAUGGGCAGUAACGUUUGGGAGAAAUAUUUUACUGAAAUGAUAUUCAUUUUUGAAUUUGCAGAAAUAGUUUAUUGUAGAUGGGCUCUGGAUGACUUGAGUGGUGACUGUAAUUUUCCAUGGAACUGUGUCAGGAGAUGCCAGUAAGAGUCACCGCCCAGUUCCUACAAAAUGGUGGGAAAAGCCUGGGGAGUUAAAUGAUGAAGAGCAAAAUUCGUUUGCACAUUGAGAGACGUGGAAUCAAAAUGAGAAGGAAAUGGACUUUGAUAUGUAACAGACAUUUGCCAUUGACCAUUCAGAAUAUCUGAGCAAAGGUUGCAUUGUCCACUCUAAAGAUGGUGACUUAACUGUACACAAACACCCAAACAGCAUCUACUUCCCAACAUUCGCUGCGGCUGGGAACAUGAGGUGAUGAAUGCACUAAGGUGUUCAGUCUGGUCAUCACUGUAACUCACUUUAAUUCUCACUUUUUUAAUUCUUGACAAUCACUGUUUCGGCAUUGUUACCCUGUUAUCUAUAUUGCCACCUUCUCAGCCACGUCUGAUUGAAUUGCUGACUGGGAGAAAUGUUUAUCACCUGCCCUUCUCCGCAAC